AGCAAGUGCAGAGUAGCUGCUGUCUCCGCCCCUCGCCCAUGUGACAGCUGAACCAGUGGGUGGUUGUCAGUCGUGAAAGACUUCAACAACUCCUGCAGUGGUGGCGGAACACUAGUCUGAAGACAUGCGGGUGGCAGUGAUUGGAGCUGGAGUCAGCGGCCUGUCAACAGCUCAGAGCAUCUAUGAGCAGUAUCACUCAAUUGUCAGUCAACUGACCAUUGAGGUGUAUGCAGACCGCUUCACUCCACUGACCACUAGUGAUGGAGCUGCUGGCCUCUGGCAACCAUAUCUCUACGAUAAGGGCAACAUCCAGGAGACAAAAUGGAAUAAAGAGACAUUUGACUACUUGCUGAGCUGCCUCAGUUCACCAGAGUCCAUAAAAAUGGGUGUAUUCCUUCAGUCUGGCUACAAUCUCUGCACUGAACCAGUCCCAGAUCCCUCAUUUAACGAUAUUGUCCUAGGCUUCAGAAAGCUCACAGAGCGAGAACUGCAGAUGUUCCCUGGAUACAAUUAUGGGUGGUUCAACACUUCUCUUAUGGUGGAAGGUAAAACAUAUUUACCUUGGCUGAUGGACUGGUUGCAAAGAAGGGGUGUAAAAUUUUAUCACAGGAAAAUAGAGUCCUUCAAGGAGCUGGCAGAAACUGGGGCAGACGUGGUAAUAAACUGCACUGGGAUAAGAUCAGGAGAGCUCCAGCCAGACCCUGAGCUCAAACCAGGCCGGGGUCAGAUAGUGAAGGUGGAUGCUCCAUGGCUGAAGCAUUGGAUUCUUACCCACAAUUUUACAACAGGAGUCUACAAUUCACCAUACAUCAUUCCAGGGAGUCGUCUCGUGACAGUCGGUGGGAUUUUCCAGUUAGGAAACUGGAGUGAACAGAACAACUCCACCGACCAUAAGAAAAUCUGGGAAGAUGCUUGCCAACUUGAGCCAAGUCUCAAACAUGCCCGGAUAGUAGAGGACUGGGCCGGCCUCAGGCCUGUUCGCAGCAAAGUCCGACUGGAGAGGGAGGCCAUACAGUGUGGCGCAGCUACAAUAGAGGUGAUACACAACUAUGGCCAUGGAGGUUUCGGACUCACCAUUCACAGAGGCUGCGCCCAGGAGGCAGCGAGGCUCUUCGGUCAGGUUGUGGAGCAAAAAGGCAAAUGUCCAAAAGCUCACUUGUAAAUUUGUGUCUGGCAGUAAUGAUUAGUGCACUCCUUUUUCAAAUUUCAAUGUCAGUGCCUUGUAUCCCAUACUGCACAAACUGUUGUUGACUAUGAUUAACAUUUAAAGAGAAGAGAUAUUCAUUAUCAUACACAGUAUGUUUGAGGUAAUGUAUAUGUAUCGUGAAAGAGGAGACACUCAUGUCGUUGUUCUCGUCCACUAAGAGAUGGCUCAUUCAUGUGUAACAAAAUCAUACUUAAAUCCGUAUGAGGUUUGGGUAAUUUUAAGUGUUGACAAUGUUCUCAGUAAAUGUAGAUUAUAACUAAUAAAAUCACUCAUCACACUGUUUAGUAAUAAAUAACAACAUGAAUCCACUGCUCUUUUUGAAAGAUUAUUUACUAUAGUAUCAUACACAUUUACAUCCAGUGCAUUGACAAGAAUCUGUGCACACAGACACUUAAUGCAGCACUAUAUCUUAAACACUGGCAGGUAAGAGUCAGCUUGCUGGACCUGUACUAGUUAAUCUCUUUUUCGUUUUUUUUUUUGUUUUUUUUUAACAAAACUUUGCUCAGUGUGUUACUCGUAGAAUCAGACUGGGCAAAGUCCGUCUCCACAUCACCUUUGUUACAAACAAAAGCAAAGACAACAACUAAACCAGGUUUUGAUACAUUUACAGAAAGACAGAAUGUAACAUCCUGCUAAAUGGUUGUGUUUGCAUGUGUAGGUCCAUGUGUGCAAGAGAUGCAGCAUGGUUUAUACAUCGUAACACCAUAUACUCAUGUUAAUGUCAUUUUUUUAAAAUCAUGGGAUUUUUACUAACUAGGUUGAGUCAGCUUUGGGUGAUGAAAAUACUCAGAUUUUAAUUUCCUAAUACUUCAAUACGUUAACUUACAUAAUGUGGUCUUCAAAUGCAGUCUAGGAUCUGUGGACCAGCUGUGAUAUAAUUAGGAAAUAUUGUCAACUGUAUGAUGUCACUGAUUAUGCUCAUUAUGCUCUGAUGAAGGCUUCGGCAGAUUUGUCAGCUUGUUGUAAAUAAAAUGAUCACAUAAUGAUCAAGA